UUCCGACAAACUUUGCAGUCAACAUGGCGAUCAGUUUCCUCAAACACAAGGCCUCGCUCGUCAAAGCAUGGCAAGAUGUGCUGGACGACAAGAACGACGUCAAUUGGGCCGUGUUUGGAUAUGAUGGCAAGACGUAUGAACUCAAAGUGGUUGAAACGGGAGAUGACCUUGACGAGAUGGUUGAUGAAUUAAAUGGCAGUAAAGUUAUGUACGCUUUCUGUAGAGUAUUGGAUCCGAAUACCAACCUGCCUAAAUAUGUACUCGUGAAUUGGAGUGGUGAAGGUGCUCCUAUUGAUAGAAAAGGUACCUGCGCCCGGCAUUACAGGGACGUAGCUGGCCUGUUUAGGGGUGCCCAUGUUACCAUCAACGCCAGGACAGAAGACGAUGUUGACGAAAAUGAACUAAAGAAAAAAGUAGAAAAAGCUUCUGGAGCAAAUUACAGUUUUCAUAAAGAGAAACCACGACCUGUUCCUGAACCAAAACCAGUUGGAUCAGUUUAUAUAAAAACACGUGCUGAUUUAGAGAUCAAAACAUCCAGCCGAGAUACAUUCUGGAAUAAAACACAUAAGGAAGAUAAAGAAAGAUUGGAGGCAGAGAGUCAGCAGAAAAAACAACAACUUGCUAAGAUGGAUCAAGAAAGGAGAGCCAGGGAGUCUAAGGAGGCAGCAGACAGAGAUCGUCAAAUGUCAGAACGAAUGAAACAAGUGCAAUCCAUGAAGGCAAAAGAACAACAAGAAAAUGAACAUAAAAAGGAAGAAGAGAAACAAAAAUGGGAAGCACAAAUGGCAGAAGAUCAGAGAGAAGCAGCAGCUAGACACAAAAGGGGAUCUGAACACACAUCUGAAGCAGCUCAAAUGAUUCAAGCAAGAAAAAAUGACCCAAAAGCAUUCUUUGAACAAAAAUCAGUGGCAGCACCAUUAAGACCAGCUGCUAGACCACCACCCAAAGUAAUUAGAGAUGCUCCACCUGGAGCACCACCACCAGUUGCUUCUGAGCCAGCCAGGCCACCUGCAAGGCCAGCAGCUCAACCACCACCGCCUCCUGCUGCUGCAAUGUCAACUCCAUCGCCCAAGCCUGAACCUGAGCCUGAACCUGAGCCUGAACCAGAAUAUGAACUGGAACCACAACCAGAAGCUCAGUAUGAGUUAGAACCACAACCGGUGUAUGAGUUAGAACCACAACCGGAAUAUGAGAUCGAACCACAGGAGGAAGUUGAAUAUGAGCUAGAACCACAACCAGACGCUCCAUAUGAACCGGAGCCAGCUCCACCAGUUCCAUCUCAGCCUAUUCCUAAAAUGGUACCACCUCCUACUUAUAGGCAAGAUUCUGAAGAACCUGAAGAAGAUGAUGAAGAUUGGGGAGAGCAAGAGGCUGCAUAUGACAUUCCUAAAGCCCCGGCGGCGGCGGCCCAAUCACCACAAGAAGAGGAUCCUUAUGAGGCAGCACCAGAUUAUGAAGAACCACCAGAAUCACAGGCAGAAGAAUAUGCUUCAAUCUCUGACAAAGGAGUAUGUGCCACUGCUCUCUAUGAUUAUCAAGCAGCGGAUGAAACAGAGAUAACCUUUGAUCCUGGUGACAUCAUCACGAAUAUAGAAAAAAUUGAUUCUGGUUGGUGGCAAGGUGUCGGUCCAGACGGUUCUUUUGGCAUGUUUCCAUCAAAUUAUGUAGAAGAAAUAUGAAUUUUAUCAGUUACAUUUUUUUCAGUCAGUGAGUGUAGAACUGUAGAAUAUUACUUGACUCACUGUCUUAGAACAUCACUGGUGUCAGAACUGCAUGUUACGUGUACGCAUUUUACUGUUGUAUUAUUUGCACACAUAUGUAUUAUAAUCAGUUCAUUCAAGAAACAUAAACAUUGCUCAAGAUCGUAAAUAAUACUUUAUAGUCAAAUAAAUUUAUUGCCCUUUAAAAUGACAAGCCCAACACAUAAUUUUGACAAUAUUUUGUUCUUUAAAAACUGGUCGCUAUCAAUACAUGAACAAUUUGGGCUGCACAAGUGUCGUUCUGAUUGCAGUGUCAUUUUCAAAAUCAAAUCAAAUGUUCACUGUCUCGUAACAAUUUGUGAAAAUAAGAAAUUUUAAUUGAGUACUUAUUCUCACACAGAAUUCACUUUUAUGUAACGAUCAUUUAUCAACAAUAAAAAAAACAGAAGAAAAACAAGAUUUGAAAUUGAAUAAUCCAGUUAGAGUACAGUCCUCUUUAGGGGAAGUUUUAAUUAUUCAGCGCUUCCAACGAUUCUGUCUGUUCCACAAUUUCAACAAAGUUACACAGCAUAUGUUAAUAAACAAGACUGUAUAUUUCA